AUGCACAAACUACAGUUGGGUACUUGUUCAUACCUUACAGACGCUAUGAAGCUGACCCAGUCAGAGCAGGCUCAGCUAUCACUGGAAUUACAAAGGGAUAGUCACAUGAAACAGUUACUGCUCAUCCAGGAGAGGUGGAAAAGGGCAAAGAGGGAGGAAAAGCUGAAAGCCCAGCAGAAUGCUGACAAGGAAAUAGCCGCGCACCUUCAGACUUCUUAUAAGCCAUCUGCUGAAGAUUCUGAUGAUCAAAACGUACUGGUUCCUGUAACUCAGAAGUACAGCCCUUCCACAGAGAGACAUCCACAGGAUAUGCAGGGUGUCUUUGACAGGGACCCAGAUACACUAUUAUUUCUGCUUCAGAAAAAAAAGGAGCCGGUGGAAGCAUGUAUUGGGAGUAAAGCUCCAAAAGAUGACAAAACAAUAAUAGAAGAGCAGGCAACCAAAAUUGUAGAUUUGAAACGGCACAUAGAAUUUCUUGUAGCUGAAAAUGAGAGAUUAAGGAGAGAAAAUAAGCAGUUAAAAGCAGAAAGAGCUAGACUCCAAAAAUCUCCGGUAGACAAGGAGUUGGAUGUAGAUGCUGACUUUGUCGAGAAGUCAGAGUUGUGGGGUCUGCAGCAACACUCAGAAACUACUUCUUCAGCUGCAACUUGGCAGAAGUUUGCAACAACUCCUGGGAAGGCAAAGGACAUUCCAAUACCUAACCUUCCCCCCCUGGACAUCCCAUCCCCUGAACUCCCUCUGCUGGAACUCUCCGAAGAUAUACUGAAAGGACUGAUGAAUAGUUAAAAGCCAGGAAAAGUGCUCAAUGUAGUUACCCAAACUUACUUAAGAAAAGGGAAAGCCACCAGGAUGCUGGUGAUCUGAGGGCAGGAACAUCUACCACAAUCUUACUGUUGGAGAAAAGGCAUUAAAGCAACUUUGUUACUGUGAAAUACACAUCAUAUCUGAUCUACUUCAUAAAGUUAAAGGUACCAUGAUGGGUAUAAGAUGGCAAGCUCUUUAGUCUUUCUCCCAAUGUUUCAAACCAAAUGACUGCCUGGAGAAUGUUUCAAGUAACACAAUCCUUCAGGUUUAUAAAGUAUGCUAUACGUAAUAGUUACCUAUAAUGCCAUAAAUGAUGGUGCAAAACCUAACUGUUAUGGUUGCCAGUUGCCACUGGCACUUCAUAUUGAAAAAUGCUUUCUAGCAUGAAUUUAAACUGUGCAUUUCAUUAUGCAUAACUUUGUUAAUUCAGAUACAGUGCGAUUUAUACACCUCCUAGAUGGAUUUACGUGCCACACUCUAUGCUCCUGACCACGUUAACCUCAAGACAGGAGAGAUUUAAUUUCCAUUCUAUGAAGGAACCAACUUACUAGUUCUGUUGACGAGUUUUUUUGGUUUAUCUGUUUACAUAACUAAUCAGGGUGCAUCGAAUCUAGCUAUUGGUUUCUGUAUAAAGUGACACUGCUUAAAAAAGAAAAAUCUAUACUUAAGGAAAAAUACCCUUUUUGUUUUCAGUGAUGCAUGAAUGGAAGUAAUUCUAGCUGGCAGCAUUUGAUUGAAAAAGAAAUUGUUUACAGCUUAACCUGAUUCAAAAAGGAUAUGAAAAUAAAAACCAAGGUGUU